GAGCGCGCAUGACGUCACUAUUGCUCGAGAGGUUCCAGACUCUACUGCGCACAGCAUCCCGUAUUAACAACUAAAGACCACAGGCGCGGAGCCCCCACCUACCCAGCCACCCCCCAAGCCCGGCGCCCUCAGGAGGAUGGCCGAGAGCGAGGCCGACACCCCGAGCACCCCCGUGGAGUUUGAAAGCCGCUACUUCGAGUUUGAGGGGGUGCGGCUGCCGCCCUUCUGCAGGGGCAGGAUGGAGGAGAUCUCCAGCUUCUCCAUCAGGAGCAGCGACAUCUGGAUCCUCACCUACCCCAAAUCAGGCACCAGCCUGCUGCAGGAGGUGGUGUACCUCGUAAGUCAAGGAGCAGACCCCGAUGAGAUCGGCAUUAUGAACAUUGACGAACAGCUGCCGGUCUUAGAGUAUCCACAGCCUGGACUGGAUAUCAUACAGGAGCUGACAUCACCUCGCCUGAUAAAGAGCCACCUCCCCUACCGAUUCCUCCCCUCAGCUCUGCACAAGGGAGAAGCCAAGGUGAUCUACAUGGCCAGAAACCCCAAAGACCUGGUGGUGUCCUACUAUCAGUUCCACCGUUCUCUCAGGACCAUGAGCUACCGGGGAACUUUCCAGGAGUUUUGCCGUCGCUUCAUGAAUGAGAAAUUGGGAUACGGUUCCUGGUUUGAACACGUUCAGGAAUUCUGGGAACAUCGGAUGGACUCAAAUGUCCUCUUUUUAAAGUAUGAAGACAUGUAUAAGGAUCUGGGCACCAUGGUGGAGCAGCUGGCCAGGUUCCUGGGCGUAUCUUGUGACAAAGCUCAGCUGGAAAGCAUGGUGGAGAGCUGUCACCAGCUGAUUGAACACUGCUGCAGCUCUGAGGCUCUGUCCAUGUGCAGGGGUCGAGUGGGUCUGUGGAGGGACGUCUUCACCGUGUCCAUGAACGAGAAUUUUGAUGCUGUGUACAGACAGAAGAUGGCCAAGUCUGACCUGACCUUUGACUUCUGCCUGUGAGGACGUCAAACCUCUCCUCAGAGUAAACUGUUUCGGUCAGGAAUCAAACCCCACCCCAUGUCGAAUCUAUCGCUUCUUAUUUAAAAAUGUAAAACAGGUCUGAGUUUCUCAAUGUCUACAGGAGACUCAGGCCUCUGCAGCCCCCAGGAUCAGCUGGUUUCUGGUCUGAUUAGCUUUACUGCAGGUGAAACGAUAAAUGGCUGCAGGGAAUAUCGGGCAGAUUUCAAACAGGAAGAGCAUUUUUACAAACAGGAAGUAUUCUUUGGUUCAGUCAUCCACUCUUCUAACUUCAGCUAGCCCGUUUGGGUUUUCAUCCCAUGAACACAUAGUUAAAACAUUUGAGCAGAAGACUGGUGAGGGAACAACACACUGAUUUAAAAAAAAAAAAAAAAAAGUAUUUUUGUCUUCUGAUAUUUUGAC